UUUAAGCUGUUUUGUGAUCGAAGGAAUGGCUAUUUACUUGAAGUUCAGCAAUGCAGGAUGAUGCUGCCAAGCUUGUAGAGAUAUUCAGCGAACUGAACAAAUUGCAGGGUUAUCAGAAACAGAUACAACAAGUCAAAAAGAGAUUUCAGAUUGCAGAAGAUAAUGGAGACGGAGAACGUAAAGCUGGAAGGUCCUGAGUUUGAAGCAAAGUUAGCUUCCAACAUCCACCCCUUCAUGUACUCAUACCCUGAACCACUAGGGGAUCGUUACAGAGACGUUCAAAGUCUGCUGGAUGAGUUGGCAGACAAGAGCACAAAAAGAGGAGUCCAGCAUCAGAGGUACCUGGAAACGGUUAUGCAGUUCAAAGAUAAGGGAUACAGGUACGCACUGUGUAACGGUAACAAGUUCUCCCCCUCUAACAGUGGACUCAAUAUAGACCCUGGAACCUACCCCUUCAGAAGUAGCGCUUCGGACAACUGUCUGUACUUCUCCAACAAUACUUCUGAUAAUUCAAGUACAACAGACACAUCCUCAACAUCAAGAUCUAGUCCACCAGUAUUCUUUUCUACCAAAGAAGGAAUAGAGACUGCAUCAACUUUAGACGAAUCCAUGAUUUGCCAUCCUCCCUCUGAGCUGCCUGAUACGUGUAGCACAAGUUCGUCAGAUUCCAGUUCUAAGUCAGGCCCCAAGCAGCUAUCCGAAGGAAAGUGGACACAGCCUGAAUCCUUAGUCUGUAACCCUCCUGAAUCUACCUACCAAUCCCUGAUCUCCCAAGAAACUUACCCACCCUCACCCUCUCUCUCAAAGAGCUCCAAAACCUCCUCCUCGCGGAGCACCUCCUCCGCAAAGAAAAGCAUUUCUCCAAUGACCUACGACGAGAUAUCUCGCUACAGUGAACUGUACUGCACCCCAGGCACCACCACCCUGGAUCCAGACACAUACUCUAGAUAUCAGACUGUUCGGAGCAUGGUGGUCUCUCAGACCUGGCUGACUGGCUGGAUUAAGGACCUUUAUAAUAUUGAGAGUGAAAUUGUUUCAGCUACUGGUAAACCUUUGUUGUAGACUGAUUAUUGAGGUUAUUUUGAUGAGAGUUCCUGCAGCCAUGGCUAUAAUAUUCACGAUUGGAUAAUUUCCCCGAACUGUUAAGCACAUAUAUUUAGUUGCUAUUGCGACCACAAGGAUUUCACGGCAUAUUUAUUAUUUAUGGUAUAGCUGUGCUAAUAUAAACAUAAAAUUUUACUUAAGUAAAAUAUUUGUUUAAACGACCAGGCCAGUCGGGUUUAUAGUAAAUAAGCCAGCCGCUAAAAGAUGACCGCACUAAACUACAGUCGCAGAUAUAUCUGUAGUUUAUAUGAACAUUAAUUAGAGGUUUUAGUACUAUAAACCUCUAAAUGUUCAGAUAAAAUGUUUACGGCAGUGGUUUUCAGCUUUUCAAAAAAAGGUUACGAUUUUCAGACCAAAUACAUUGAUUGCCGGAUAAUAACUUUUAAAGUAUUGUUAAUAAACUUUGUGUUUUAUACGUUGCUAUUUUAUAGUUUGAUAGUUUAUUGUAGUGAUACUGAUAUGAAAGAAUUUUUAUUGGAAAUCUCGAAUGGUAAAUAUUGGCUGAAGAUUUGCUCAAAUUCUAUCUUUCUUUUCAGUUUCAGUUUAACAACAAUAGGUAAUUUAUUGAAGUAUGUAAACAGUAUUUAAGCAUUCUUCGUCCCGUCUUAAUGGAAGAAAAUGCAGCUUAGUUCAAAAAGACCAGAGCUGAUCAAAUCCCUAAAUUCUUUUAACCUUUUGAAGGCUCAGUAGUGCCAACAGCUUCACUUUGAAAAUGAGCAUGUCUAUUUGAGUGCGAAUUACUCAAAUACACUAUGCUGAUUGCUGAGGUAAUAUUUGACUAGUCAUAUUUGGUAUGAUCUACCAAUCCAGAAUAUAUGUAUAGAUUGACUUUAUUAUUCAUAGUUAUCACCAUAAAUUGUAAUAAGGUCCCCAUAAGAACCAUCACCUGAUCGUGUAGGGACCGAGCUAAUUGGUAAUUUGCAUUGUUCAGACUCCAGCAGCACAGCUCUCAAACCGGUUCAAGAGUAUUUGUUAGUUGAUUUAAAUGUAUGACAAAGACAGACUAGUAUGACAGUAUGACAGUAUAACAGUAGUACAAUCCUAAUGGGCACGAUUUCCUGCAUGCAUUUUCAAGCUGAUCAAUUACCUAGGAUUUGUGAGUUAAUAAUAGUCCACAAUUUUGAACGAUUUGUAUCUUUUAUUUUCGCUAUGCACCCUGUUAUUUAUUAUUAUAAUUGCAGUAAUCAGUAUAUAU